UAGGAGACAAGUACAAACGUUUUGUUGAAAAUAUAAACUAUGUUCAACAGAUCUGUGUUACAACAGAUGGAUGUAAAAGAGAGGUAAUACUUAAGAGGUUCUUACUUUUGACACCUAAUUUGAAACAACUGAUACUUUAAAUGUGGGGCUUUUAUCUUGAUAAGGUGGUGACCGGAUACGGUUUGUGUCUGUUUGUGAAGGACUUGUAUGCGAAGUACAUGAUCCGAAAAACCACAGUGUAUUUUUUUUAUUGUUUUCUUUAAAUUAUAUGACAAAACACUUUAAAAUGUCGAGAUAUUAGCACUGUUUCCUCUCUUGUUCUUUUUUUUCGGUCUUACGGAAAUUGUACCGGAAGCGUGACGUCAAGCUAGUCACUUAGCCACCGUUGUUUUUACCACCUGUUAGCCAAAAUUGUAGUUGUUUCUGUUCGUUCGGGCUCCUUGGACCCUGGACAGCACAGUUUCCGUCAUGGGAGCCCAGCGCAGUGAGGGAGGCCGCGACUGGCAGGAGCAAGAGGAGGCGGAGAAUCCGGAAAAGAUCACGAGGCCUUGGAACCUGAUGAUCAAGCACAGACACAUCCACAAACGAGGUCGCCGCUCACUCUCGGCUGUCAGUUACACAGAUCCUCAUGUGUCCAUGGACCUGUUGAGGGCAGUGCUUCAGCCCAGCUUCAACAAUGACAUCAUGGCGGUGUUCAUGAAGUAUCAGAAGUUCUACGAGAAGGCAGCGGAGAACGUGAAGGAGAAUGUAGGCAUGGAGGUGCAGACGGAUCAUCUCAUCAGGGAGGCCUACAGGAACGCUCUGGAACAUGCCAAACAGCUCUUUCCAGAGAAUGAGGUGAAGACGGCGGGACCUGGGGUAAGCAUGAAGAGACUACCUAAAGCUUCUGAUGAAGAAGGCUCACAGAGAGGAAGCUCCUUUCCUAGGAAGAGGAAAAGUCGCCCCACUGUCGCGUUUUCAGACCGACCCACAACCUACAUUCCAGUGAAGCCCAAGAUUGAAGCCAUUAGGAGGGAGGGGCCUAAGUGGGAUCCAUCCAGACUCUCAGAGACCACCACCUUUGUUCUAGGCUCCAGAGCCAACAAAGCUCUCGGGAUGGGCGGGACCAGAGGACGGAUUUACAUCAAACAUGCGGACCUGUUUAAGUAUGCUGCAGACUCCAAGGACAAGCAGUGGCUGGCAGAAAGACACCACAUGAGAGCCACAGGGGGCAAGAUGGCCUACCUGUUGGUUGAAGAGGACAUCCAAGAGCUGUCUUGCAGUGAUGAGUACAGAGAGUCUCCUGAAGUGAGAAUGGACGAGCUGAAGCCGUUCACCGUUCCAAUUUGGAUGGUGGAGAAGAUGCAGCAAGCCAUGGAGGUGCAGAAAAAUGUUGACCCCUGACCUCACAACGAUCAUGCCCCUCACCCCUCUCCCCCCCAAUUCUAUGCUGUUUUUAUAAAAUCUCAAUAAAAGUGUUGCUUUGCCA